CGUUCGGGGGUAGGGCGGCCGCCUUGUGCGGGAAGAAAGCGGGGGGUGACUUAAAAGCGGGGGCCACCGUUGCACGCCGUGGAAACCAGGCGAUCGUAGAGGAAGCGACCGAUCAGCGCGCGGGGACGCCGCCGGGAGAGAGGGUGGAAGCCACCACGCUUCACCCAACCCCACCCUCCUCCUCCACCACCGUUUAACCGCUUCGUAGGCUACGACCCAACCCAAACCCAAGCGAGCUCGCGAUCGCGUCGCGCGCGCCAUGGGGACGGAGGUGCUCCGCCUGCACGACUGCCUCGACCGCGUCCGCGCCCGUCCCCACGCCACCAGGCGGUCUCCGCGCCAGCAGGCGGCCCGGCGGCGCGACGCGCGGCCGCGGGGCGGGCAGGCGGCGCCAGCCGUGACGCGGGUGGUCCGGGUCAAGGUGGCGGCGGCGGGCGCGGGCGCGGACGCGUACGCGGGGCCGGCGUUCGGGUCCAUGUCGCCGUCGCCGCGGGCGCUUCCGUUGCCGCGGUUCUCCUCCUCCUCGUCGUCCUCUAGGGCUGCCGCUGCGGCGGCGGCAGGGGUGGACGACUCGGCGACGCGGGAGCUCCGGCGCCUGCUGGGCCUCCACUGAUCGACGACGAGGAGCCAAAAGAACACCAUUCGAGCAAGAAGCGAUCGCGCGACGCAUUCAGCAAGAAGGGGAUUAGCAUGUGCGGCUGUCUCUCUACGACUCUUCCAUCGAUUCAUCUCGUCCUCUAGCUCUCCCUCCCUCUCCAAUGGCGCCGUCAAGGCCAUGGCCCGCGCACGUACAUACCUCUGCUUCGAUCCGCCUGCCUUCCCUGCCGUUUUUGUAAGGGCAAAGCUUGGCGCGAAGCGAGGGCGCGUGCCCGUGAUCUGGAGCCGGUCGUCGGAGAGGGAGAGAAUGGCAUUGUCGGGAAGAUUUGAUGUGAUCUAGAUGUUGUUAAUCGAAUCUUGACUUCAAAGGAAAAUUCUUUAGAUGUGCUCGUGUGCUGCUGGUUCGUGCUAAUUAAUUAGAUGCUUGAAUGAAUGUAAUAUCCUCCCUUCCCUUUUAAAAGCUCGGUUAAGUCUUAAGAUC